AUGUACUUUCUAGGGCUCAUAUCCGAGGCUCUACACUUUGUGUUAUUCAUUUACUUAGCAUCUUCAGUGCCUGGCACAUACAGUGCACCCACGAACACCUGUCGAUGUUUCCCCGGUGAUGCGUGCUGGCCAACAUCAGAUAAAUGGCACGAACUCAACACCACAGUAAACGGUCGUCUCAUAUCCACAGUACCCCUGGCCAGCCCCUGCCACGACAGCGAGUUUGGUCCCUACGAUGAAGAUGCCUGCCAGGCCAUCCAGGAAGCCUGGACACUCCCAGAGACGCACAUCAACUCAAGUUCGUCGAUCAUGGCACCGACCUUUGCCAAUCAAAGCUGCGAUCCAUUUACGCCGCGAGAACAGUCAUGUAUCCUUGGAACGUACAUCCAGUAUGCGAUUGAUGCUCGUGAAAUGUUCGACUAUAAAGCGGCAAUUCGGUUUGCAAACAGACAUAAUGUCCGGCUUGUGAUUCGAAACACGGGUCAUGAUUGGCUUGGAAAGUCGACGGGUGCCGGUGCAUUGGGUCUCUGGACGCACCAUCUCAAGUAUACCGAGAUUCUCGACUACGAGUCUGAUUACUACACGGGGAAAGCACUUAAAGUCGGCGCAGGUGUCCAGCUCAUGGACGCGUUUCGUGUUACGCACGACGAAGGGCUAGUGACUGUCGGAGGGACAUGUCCUAGCGUUGGUCUUGCUGGAGGUUAUGUCCAAGGGACCGGCCAUGGACUACUUGCGUCCAAAUUUGGGCUAGGCGCCGACCAGGCUCUGGAAUGGGAGGUUGUCACUGCAUCUGGUGACUUCAUCGUUGCUUCGCCGGCAGAGAAUGCAGAUCUUUAUUGGGCACUGUCAGGGGGAGGGGCUGCAUCGUACGGCGCGGUCUGGUCAUUGACGCUCCAGGUGCAUCCGGACGACAUAACAUCGGCCUCAAAUCUGACCUGGAGCAUGGUAGGCGUCGAUGAGGCAACAUUCUACAAGGGGGUGGAAAUCUAUCUUGAGCACCUUCCGACACUUCUCGAUGCUGGCAUUUCGUGCAACUGGCUAAGCACGAAUUCGACCUUUAUCGUUUCCCCUGCAGUUGGGCAUGGGAUGGGCAAAGCCGGGAUGGAUGCUUUGCAUAGUACGCUUCUGCAAGACUUGAGUGGUGUUGGAAUCAACUAUACAUACCUGUCUCGAGAAUUCCCUACAUUCUUGGACAUGUAUGAGGCCAUGAAUCCACUCACCGAGACCUCAUCUUUCGACAUUGGAAGUCGACUGAUACCUCGCAGGGUCUUGAGGGAUAAUCCGAGCGGCAUCGCGGAAACUAUGCAAUCACUUCAGAGAUACGGGAUAGUCUUCUCAGGCGUGUCGUUCAACGUAUCAAAGCCCUCAAAAUCACCAAAUGCCGUGAAUCAAGCGUGGAGAGAAUCGUACGUGAGUCUGGUCGUUGGAACCUUCCACGACCGAACAAACAGAGUCCUUAAUACUCAAAACCUCGCACUGAUGACGAAUGAUAUUAUACCUGAGAUAGAUCUUCUUAUGCCUGACAGUAAGUAUGCUUACGGCAACGAGGGAGAUCCUUUCGAGCCAGAGUGGCAGAGCGUCUUCUACGGCGAAAACUAUGGGCAGUUGCUUCAAGUAAAGCAGAAGUAUGAUCCCACUGGCCUAUUUUAUGCUCGGACAGCUGUUGGCAGUGAGGUAUGGACAGAGGCAAAUGAUGGUAGACUCUGUCGGAGUUUAGACGUUGGAGCUUGA